AUGCCAAAAAAAGUUGCCAAUCUUACUUAUGAACAAGAAAGAAAGUUAUUAAAAAUAGCUAAAGAAGGAGAAGGUAAAGCGAAAAUUAAUGCUAUUCGUUUACUAGUUUAUUAUAAUCAAAAAAUAGUUAAAUAUAUUGCCAAAGGUUAUCAUUCGCUCAAAGGAAAAUUUGAACAUGAUGACCUAAUCUCAGAGGGAGUUAGUUCUUUGCCAAAAGCGAUAGAAAAAUUUGAUAUGAAUGUCAAGUAUCGUUUUUCAACUUAUGCUAUGUAUUGGGUUAAGCAAUUCUUUCAGACAUUUAUUAACCAAAAUCAGGUUGUUAAGCAAAGUCCCAAACCAGAAAACAGAAAAAAUAUAGUUUUCUAUGAUACUAACUCUCAAGAUGAUGGUGAUGAUAAGCAGUCUUAUUCUUUGGAGGAUAGUUUGAACGAUAAUGAAAAUUCUAAUCUUGAUUUACAACAGGUUCAUCAAAGGGAUGUGUCUAUUCAAGUCAAUAAUGCUAUUAAUUCGCUGAUUGAUCGAGAAGAAAUUUUAUUGGCUAGAUUAUGGUAUAAAAUAGUGCCAACCAAUUUACUUGAUAUAUAUCAUUUAGCUACCAAAGAGGAGCAAAAAGUAUUAAAAAAGAUGAUUAAAUCAAGUGGCAAAUUCACUCCAGAACUAUUUCGUAAUUAUUUUUUAGAACAAACCAAAAAUAGUAAUUUAUCGGUGACUAAAAAGUAUUUGAAAAUGUUUGAAAAAAAGCAUAAAGCUUCUGAGUUGGUUAGUUUGUUAGACAAAUCAGAAAAUGCAAUUAGGCAAAUGAAAAAGCAAAUUAUUAAAAAACUAAAAAAAGUGGUUAAAGAAAGAAAACUCGGUUCUCUAGUUGAAGGAGACUAA